AUGAGUGGGUACUAUAAUAGACAGUACUCUCAUUUUCAUGGGAAUAAUGAUCGGUACCAAACCGGACGAUAUGCAUAUCAAGAAAAUGGGAAUAGGUACAAGGGCUUCCAACGGAAUGGAUCAGGGAACCGAAGAUACUCCCGCGAGGGGUUUGGGUCUCAACUUAGGAAUAAUGAGAACGAAUCUCGUCCAAUACGGUCGCAGUCGCGUGGUAUCAGCGAGAUUCCUCGUAAUCCCUUCGCAACGCGUCCAGUAGUGAGUGCGAAAUACGAUCGCGAUGAGUUUAAUACAAAAUAUCAUUAUUACGACAUUGUAAGUAAACGACUACGAAAUGAAUCCAGCUUCAAGAAAUGGAAAUCUGAGAAGAUUCCUGAGCAUGGAUAUGUGACAACAACGGAGUUGAUUGCAUCGGAUAAGCAAAAACCAAUACUCAUGGCCAGGCAGCCUGAACAAACUUCGGUGGAUCCGAGAAUACGUCCUAUGAAUGGGGAUGCGGUCUCUGGGUCCAUUUCUGCGAAAAAGAGAUAUAGAAAGCUUAGAAGUGCAUUGGUACGCAACUCGCGAAUUCCGUAUGAUUCUUUCUACAUUGGUCCUGAACCUCCAAAAGAAAUCAUAGUAUACCCUUCUGCAUCUAACCAACAACCAAUAGCAGCCGCAUUAUCUGAAGCAAUAAUCAAAAACUACUUUAAAUCAUUUGGUGAAAUAGCGCAUUUUGAACAGUUCAUGGAUCCAAAUAGUGCAUUGCCAUUGUACGUCUAUCUAAUAAAAUUCACUGGUCCAGUUUCUCAACCUGAUGCUCCAUAUAAAGCUGCUUAUAAGGCAUCAGAGAAAUUCAAAGACGCACCUUACACAGUAUCAGGUAUCAAGUUCAAUGUCAUUUUAAACCAAAAUACAGUGUUAAAUUCAAUAAAGGACAAACUAAUCAAACAGAACGCAGCCAGAGUGACAGAAGUGAAUAAAGCGAAACGGGCCAUUGCAGAGAAAUCAUCCGGGCAGAAACCUCAAGUAAUAAGAGGAGUGCCAUACGAUUUAACUCAAGUUGUGAACAACAGACCAGUUUUGUUUGUUCCUGCAAAGAUUACGUUUUAUCAUAGGUUCAAUGCAGCAGAUUUCAGAUAUCAACUUCGUAAGUACAAUUGGGCCAAAAUUAUUGAUCACUACACUGGCGUAUAUAUUGUUUUUCAUGAUCUGGAAAAUGCAAAAGCAUGUUUAGAGUACGAAUCAGGUGCCUUGGUCAUAAAUUCGCAUAGGACUCACUCUCCCAUACAAAUAGAAUUUACUUUCAUUGAACCAAAGAGGAGACUUCAAUCAAAUAUCACUAACCAAAGAGAUAUCAAUAAACCUCGAAAGAUAGAGUACUCAAGCACGGAAGAGCUAUUAGAAGCCUCCACAAAACAAAUUCUCAAAGAUUUGCAUAAUAUCAUUAAGCGUGAUAUCUUGAGAAGGCUUGUAGGUCCAAUUAUAUUUGAUACGCUAAAUCCUGCUAACUACCCGGAAGUUGUAGAAAGGCAGAAGAAACUGGACGAUGAGAAGAAGAAGCGUGAGGAAUCACAAAAGAAGACAACGAUAAAGGCCAAACCCGCAGAAUUUGAUAUUUUCAGUCUAUACGGACCUGCGUCUAAAACAAAAAAGCUGAAAAGAGAUAGGAAAGCUGAUCUAGGCAAACGUCAUUUAUACACUGAAGAAUCUCCUGAUCAUCAACGUAAAAAGAAACCUAAGGUGGAACAUAUGUCGCAUUUGUUAAAUGAUGAAAUUUCUACCAGAGAAGAUACAGUGGAUUCACUCAAUGUUGGCUCAAACGGUGAAAACUCUCCGGAGUCAUCUGGAUAUGAAUCGGAAGAUAUUAUUUCAGAUGAGUCGAAGAAACAGUCUUCCGUGAUAACAACACCGGAGGAAGACCUGCCCGAAAGCGCUGCAUCUUUACCUGAUGAAAGGUCCAAGGAAUUACUACAGUAUGAAGGGAAAUACAAACCUAUUGCAUCAGAAUUCCCAACCCCAGUAUAUCCUUAUGAUGACUUUGACUUGAAUAAAUCCAAGCAGCUUUCUCUCGAUAAGUUCCAGCUUGCUUUGAAAGACGAAGAAGAUUUCUCUAUUCUCAAGGGCAUUGUCUCAGAAAAAUCAAAAGAUAUUACUACUGAUUAUACACCAUUUUUGCCGUACUCAAUGUGGAAGUUAUACCAACAGAUUGAACAAAAUGGAAUUAUUCGGGAUAACCAAAUAGCUUUGAAUGAAAAAGAAUUUGAUUCAACGUUAGCUUCAACGACUGGUAGUUUUAUUGCUGAUGGCUUUAAGAAAAUUCCUGAUAAACUGAAAUCUUCAUACCUUCUUCAUCAUCGGAGGUUGGCGCAACCUUUGAACACUGUUCAUAAUCAUCAAGAACAGAAUUUCAUGGCUUUGAAUGGAACAGAAUCAACAAAUCAAGAGGCUGACUUAGAGCAAGAUAACCAUAAUGCAUCCUCACGUUUGAACAGAGUUUUCCAAAGACGUUUCCAGCAAGAUAUAGAAGCGCAAAGAGCUGCAAUUGGCUUUGAAUCUGACCUAUUAUCAUUAAACCAAUUAACGAAAAGAAAGAAACCCGUCACUUUUGCAAGAUCUGCAAUUCACAAUUGGGGCCUAUAUGCAUUGGAACCUAUAGCAGCCAAGGAAAUGAUUAUUGAGUAUGUUGGCGAAUCAAUUAGACAACCGGUCGCUGAAAUGAGAGAGAAGAGAUAUAUCAAGUCUGGAAUUGGUUCAAGUUAUUUAUUCAGAAUUGAUGAAAAUACAGUUAUAGAUGCUACAAAGAGGGGUGGUAUCGCUAGGUUUAUUAAUCACUGUUGUGAACCUAGUUGUACGGCAAAAAUCAUCAAAGUCGAUGGCCGAAAGAGGAUCGUCAUUUACGCGUUACGUGAUAUUGGUACCAAUGAAGAACUAACGUACGAUUAUAAGUUUGAAAGGGAAACUGAUGAAGGUGAAAGAUUACCAUGUCUCUGUGGUGCACCAUCUUGCAAAGGGUUCCUCAAUUGA